AUGGCUAAGAGAAUGACAAAAGAAGAAGCAAAGAAGACAUAUAUCCUAAAUUGGAGGCCAUCACCACCAAGAGAAAGAUUAGGAGCAGCAAAAUUCACUUUCAAACCCGAGUUUGACUCAACUACACUACCAUCCUCGAAGGAUCUGAGCCAAUAUGAUUCGGCCGUCAGAGAUCAAGCUGAUAUUGGUUCAUGUACCGCGUUUGCAGCGAUUGCAAUUGUUGAGCAUAUUGCUAAACGCAAUGGUAAAAUCCCAGACUGGUCAGAGCUCUACUUGUAUUACAAUACGAGGGUGAAGGUACUGGGAUGGCCCGCUGGUGACGACUCAGGAGCUUAUGUGUCAUCGACAAUAAAGGCCUUAACUACGUACGGUGAUGCCGGUGAAACUGAUUGGCCAUACGAUACUUCAAAAUUCGCAGUGGAGCCUCCAUUGACUUCCUACAACAGAGGCUCUACAAACCAAGUUGUGAAAGCAGCGUAUGUUGACUCUUCUGUGGAUAGCAUCCGUGCGUCUAUCGCCUCUGGCUACCCCGUCGACAUUGGCUUUAUCUGCUACUCGAACCUCUACGAUUCUUGGGAUUCUGGCGUGGUCCCUAUGCCAAAACAGGGCACCUACAUCAUUGGAGGCCACUCCGUCAUGCUUGUCGGUUAUGACAACGACACUCGCCAGUUCAAGUUCAAGAACUCCUGGGGUACAAGCUUUGGUCAAGCAGGAUAUGGCUUUCUACCGUACGAAUAUGUUUCAGGCUAUACCAUCGAUGAGCCCACACAAAGGCUUGUAUCGGACUGUUGGACGAUUGCCAGCAUUGAAUUCGACAGUGAUUUCGUGGUGUUGUACCAGAACCCCCCAGAGAACGUGCCCGCUCCUUUUACAUUGACGGCUGUUUCCGCCUAA